AUGGAGACGAUAGAAUACGAAAUGAAUGGACAGUCGGGCGAUCCGGCUGACCACCGGCGCUGCCUAACCGGGCUAGGCAGUGUGAAAUGUGCGACCGGCCAUGUGCGCGCGGCGUACCAGGCCGCACACGGAAACUACGCGACUGGUGCCAAAGGAGCUUCAAUAAGACGUCCUCGGCGUAUCGGAACAUGGAAUGUACGAGGCCUCAGGAAAGAUGGGAAGCUCCAAAUAGUGGAGGGGGAAAUGCAGAGGAAUAACAUUCAUCUGCUGGGAUUAAAUGAAACCCACUGGCAAGAGUCUGGCCACUUCACGUCCAGUUCCGGUAGUACGAUAUACCACUCAGGGGGAAAUGGAAGCAGCAAGGGGCAUUCAUAG